UAGUCUAUGACAUUCUGACAUCGGCGAAGGCAGUGAACUAAGGUUAUGUUUUAUGUUGGUUACAGAAAAUUUUCGAGAAUAUAAAGAUCGUAGAGAACCCGAUUACUUUAAAACAAAACACUACUUUUGAAUCUCAAUCAAAAUUAACCAUCAAAACUUCAUUUCAUCAACUCAAUUUCUCCAAAUACGAGCUGGAACUAUGGUACACAUCCAUGUGUUCUUGUAGCUAAAUUAAACUUUAUGCAUUCACAAUUCACGGCUAAGAACCUGAAAAGAUGUUUAGAAUUAUAAGACUAAGCAAGUAUUUUACAUGUAGGUCUGUCAAAAUACAUUCCUGUAGAACUACUGCUAGUGACCCAAUUUUGGAUAAAAUUUUGUUGAGGCCACAUUUGUUUGCCCUGAAGAGUUCUUUCAGCAGUAAACCUAAAGAUGGUGAAGGAAAGGUAGGUGGAAAAGAGUCCAUUCAAACCCAUCCUUGUUCCAACCCAUCCCAGCAAGAGAAAUCCCAGCCACCAAAUUUAAAACUGAAGGAAUGUAAACCUGUUGAUAUAAAUCCUACCAGACCUAGUACCAGCCAUCAAACGCGAAUUCCAUCUAUUCAAGAUUGUAAAUCUCCUGAUUUAAUGAGUCAGUAUCCAGAUAGAAAAUGUGGAUGGGAAGAACAAGAUCAACACUAUCGAAACAAAAACAAAAAAUUACUUCUGUUCGGUUUAUUAUUUACAGCAGUUACACUAGGGACUCUGUGGUGGAUAGGCCUCUUGGAGCACAAAGAAAAAGAUAAACCAGUAGUAAAGAAACAAACAACAGAUCAAAUUAAGAAAGUUAAAAAAAAGAGAACGGUUGUGAAAAUCCCAGCCACAUCGAAGGAUAUUCCAAAAGAAGUUCCUUACCUGCUGAUUGGAGGAGGAACUGCCUCGUUUUCCGCAUUCCGUGCCAUCAAAUCUGCUGAACCAACAGCUAAAGUGUUGGUAGUGAGUAAUGAACCAUUUUAUCCUUAUAUGCGCCCUCCUCUGUCAAAAGAAAUCUGGUUCAAUGAUGAUAAGGAAUCUGUAAAAAAGUUCAUUUUCAAGCAGUGGAAUGGGUCUGAGAGAAGUUUGUUCUACGAACCUGAUGAUUUUUACUUAGAUUGCAAAGAUCUCAUGAAUAGUAAAAAUGGAGGUGUUUCUGUAGCUCGAGGUUGGAAAAUAACCCAUCUGGACGUUAUGGAAAAAAUGGCCUAUUUAGAUGAUGGAACUGCAAUACACUAUGACAAGUGUCUUCUAGCUACUGGUGCUACACCGAUGUUGUCCCCUGUUUUCCAAGUGGCUGUUGCUGAUGAAAAAGUUGGAGAAAAGGUAAAAGUCUACAGGAGUAUCUAUGAUUUCGAAGACACCCUCGAACGCUUUGAGGAAUCAAAAAGUAUUGCGAUAAUAGGUGGAGGAUUUUUGGGAAGUGAAUUGGCUUGUGCUAUGGCUCGAAAAGGUGAUGCCACAAACUGAAGUUCUCGGGGUCAAAUCCGUUGCUAAGGGAUUAGAAUUGACUUUGAAUAAUGGAAAAGUAAUAACAGUAGAUUACGCCAUCGUUGCUGUUGGAGUGGAACCGAACACAGAACUAGCAGAAAAGUCUGAUUUGGAAGUUGAUCCAGAACUUGGUGGAUAUUUAGUGAAUACCGAAUUGCAAGCUAGGACUGAUUUGUACAUUGCCGGUGAUUGUGCAUGUUUUUAUGAUCCCAGGCUGGGUAGGAGACGGAUUGAACAUCAUGAUCAUGCUGUGGUUACUGGCAGAUUGGCCGGAGAGAACAUGACAGGGUCUCGAAAGCCCUAUCUACAUCAGAGCAUGUUUUGGUCUGAUUUGGGUCCGGACGUCGGAUACGAGGCCAUAGGAAUAGUAGAUUCGUCACUUCCAACUGUUGCGGUAUUCGCUAAAGCGACAGAUAAGGAUAGCCCGAAAGCUGUGGUGACCGCUACGGAUGAGGGGAUCCGGUCAAAUAUAGAACAAGAACAGGUACCUCCUGAGUGUGACAAAUACCUCUCGGAUGAACAAAAGGCUGAAAUAGCUGAGACGCGAAAACACAGCAGUGCUCCAAACACAGCAGAAGGAGAAGAUUUUGGAAAGGGCGUAAUAUUCUAUCUGAGAAACGAUAUUGUAGUUGGAGUGGUGUUGUGGAACGUUUUCAACAGGAUGUCAGUUGCCAGACAAGUGUUGAAGGACCAGAGAAAGUACGAGGAUCUUAACGAAGUCGCGAAAUUAUUCAACAUUCACGAGGAUUAACGGAACGUCGAGUUUCAAAGGUGAUCAACGAGAACCAACCAAAAACUACUAAGUGGAUGUGUUCGUUCGUAAAAUAAGUAUCCAAACAUCUGAUUUGGUCCUAUCAUUUUUUCAGGAUGUUUGCUAUUUCUGUUAUUAAUUAUAAGAUGUUUAUUUUUACCUGGAAACAAUUUUCCUUGAUAUUUUCUGGUAUCAGUGACAGCAUUUGGUUAAUAAAUUUGAGAAAAUAUA